GAGAUCCUGCCGGGGUUCCGUUGCUAAGAGACGCCACAUCGCCGCUAGCAGCUAGCCGAGCCUCUCCGUGUCCGUGUUUGUGUUUGUGUUGGUGGAGAAGCGGAGAGAGUUCAUGCGGAGCUCCGGUCCACGAAAAGACACUUUAAACCUCACCGAGAGCUUUAUUUGUCUUUUUACGAGCGGAUAGAGUUAAUACAUGUGGUGACGUCACGGUGCGGAGCGACUGAGAUCAUCCGCAGGAGUUCGGUGUUAGCGGCUAAUGCUAGGAGGCUAACGCUAGCUUAGCUGUUAGCUGUUAGCUCAGCGGGGGCACAGCACUCGGUCGCCGGGGGAACGGCUCUCUGUAGCGGGCUCAUGUGUGCCGAGUCGCCCAGGUAGGCCGUCAGGCUCUCAUGGAGCGGCCUGACACCAGACUGCUGACGGACCAGCCGUACGACGAGAGCCUGGAGCUCCACGACUCAGAGGAGGUGGUCACCCCGACCCCCACACACACACAGCUACAGUCCAAAUCGAGGCAGAGGAGCAGGAAGGGGCGGGGCCAGAUGGCGGCCAAUAGCAGCAGCGAUGAGUUCGAGGAGGAGAAGGCGGUGAGCCACAGGGCCAAGGAGCCAAUCAGCGGGCAGCCUGGGCUGAACGCUAACGAGGAGGAGGAGGAGGAGGAGGACGACGAUGAGGAGGAAGAGGACUCGGACGAAGAGGAGUCGGACGACGACGAGGAGGCCGGGGCGGCCCCGAAGGGAGCGUACGACCCCGCCGACUACGAGAACCUGCCCGUCACCACGGAGAUCAAGGAGCUCUUCCAGUACAUCACACGGUACACCCCCCAGCCUGUGGAGCUGGAGCACAAACUGAAGCCCUUCAUCCCAGACUUCAUCCCUGCUGUGGGAGACAUCGACGCCUUCCUCAAGGUUCCCCGGCCGGAUGGGAAAACAGACGACCUGGGCCUGGUGGUGCUGGAUGAGCCCUGCGUGAAGCAGUCGGACCCCACCGUGCUGUCGCUGUGGCUGUCAGAGGAGAGCAAGCAGCACAACGCCACCGAGCUGAAGAAGGUGACGAGCGUGGCGAGCCCCCACAGGAACCCCCGUGCGGUGGAGGGCUGGGUGGAGAGCAUCAGCGCCCUGCACCGCAGCAAGCCUGCAGCCAGCGUGCUGUACGGCCGGCCCAUGCCCGACAUCGACAGCCUGAUGCAGGAGUGGCCCUGCGAGCUGGAGGAGCUGCUGGGCGCCGCCCGGCCGCCGCCCGCCGCCCUCGCCUGCUCGCUGGCCCAGUACGCCGAGCUGCUCUGCGCCCUGCUGGACAUCCCCGUGUACUGCAGCCGCAUCCACUCCCUGCACCUGCUCUUCAGCCUCUACCUGGAGUUCUGCGGCUCCGCCCACUUCAAACGCAGAGCCUAGAGCCCCGACACGCACACAGAGCUGAUCCAUAUAGACAGGUUCACCUCACACACACACACACACAGAACUGAUCCAUAUAGACAGGUUCACUAUAAACACACAGAACUGAUCCAUAUAGACAGGUUCACUAUAAACACAGAGCUGAUCCAUAUAGACAGGUUCACCUCACACACACACACACACACAGAGCUGAUCCAUAUAGACAGGUUCACCUCACACACACACACACACACACACAGAGCUGAUCCAUAUAGACAGGUUCACCUCACACACACACACAGAACUGAUCCAUAUAGACAGGUUCACCAUAAACAGAACUGAUCCACAUAGACAGGUUCACUAUAAACACACAGAACUGAUCCAUAUAGACAGGUUUACCUCACACACACAGAACUGAUCUAUAUAGACAGGUUCACCAUAAACAGAACUGAUCCAUAUAGACAGGUUCACUAUAAACACACAGAACUGAUCCAUAUAGACAGGUUUACCUCACACACACAGAACUGAUCUAUAUAGACAGGUUCACCUCACACACACAGAACUGAUCCAUAUAGACAGGUUCACUAUAAACAGAACUGAUCCAUAUAGACAGGUUCACCUCACACACACACACACACACACACACACACAGAACUGAUCCAUAUAGACAGGUUCACUAUAAACACAGAACUGAUCCAUAUAGACAGGUUCACUAUAAACACACAGAACUGAUCCAUAUAGACAGGUUCACCUCACACACACACACACAGAACUGAUCCAUAUAGACAGGUUCACUAUAAACAGAACUGAUCCAUAUAGACAGGUUCACCUCACACACACACACACACACACAGAACUGAUCCAUAUAGACAGGUUCACUAUAAACACACAGAACUGAUCCAUAUAGACAGGUUCACCUCACACACACAGAGAACUGAUCCAUAUAGACAGGUUCACCUCACACACACACACAGAACUGAUCCAUAUAGACAGGUUCACUAUAAACACACAGAACUGAUCCAUAUAGACAGGUUCGCCUCACACACACACAGAGAACUGAUCCAUAUAGACAG